AUGUCUUCAGUGGCAGGCAUUCCACAAAUGAAAGCCACAACCUUGACAAUCAUGGCUACGCGGGGUGAAGACCAAGACCUUGUACAACAAACGGCAAUGUCACUUGGGAAAUCAGAACAGUCGCCAGAAAGAGCAAUUCCAUGUUUUGGGUGGCAUCCCUGGUUUUCACACCAAAUUGUGGAUGACACUGAUGCAAACACUGCUCAGCAAAAAGAAGACCACUAUAUGGCUGUACUGUCACCCCCACCUACAGACGACAAGACAUUCAUCGAUGCUCUCCCAACUCCAAAACCACUCUCUGAACUUAUAGCCGAGUCCAGGGCUCGACUCCAAUUAUGCCAAAACGCUCUAGUCGGCGAAGUUGGGUUAGACAAGGCCUUCAGACUUCCGGGUAUCUGGUCACCAGAUGAACUCAAGAAUCGGGAUGACCAAGUAACCCCUGGAUCGCGCGAGGGACGGCGCCUCUCGCCAUAUAGAGUGAAGCUAGAUCACCAGCGCACAGUCCUCAAAGCACAGCUACGAUUAGCUGGGGAAAUGGACCGCCCUGUUUCAAUGCAUAGUGUGCAGGCGCACGGUGCUGUCUUUGAUACACUAAAGGAAUUAUGGAAGGGCCAUGAGCGGGUCGUGCUUUCCCGAAGAAAGAGGGAUAAGCAGCAGGAUGCGGAGGGGGCAGUGUCUGAGGAUGAAGCUUUUGUACCAGAUACUAAAAGCCCGCCUCUGUUCCCACCGCGCAUCUGCAUGCAUUCAUACUCUGGUCCCGUGGAGCCUAUUCGGCAAUUUUUGCAUCAGUCGAAUCCGUCAGAUGUUUACUUUUCUUUCUCGAGUCUGAUCAAUUUCAGUGGUGCCCCGGCGCGGAAGAUCACUGAUGUUAUUAAGGCUUUGCCUGAUGAUCGGAUUUUGAUCGAGAGUGACCUCCACACGGCAGGCCCGCAGAUGGAUGACUUGCUUGAAGAUGUUACUCGGCAGAUCUGUGACCUUCGCGGAUGGGAAUUGAGACAUGGUGUCCAGGUGCUUGCAGAUAAUUGGAGACGGUUUGUGUUUGGAUAG